AAUUGUUGUUGUUUUUUUUUGCCGUCGCAGUGCAAGCACGUCGGUAACGGAAAUUCUUGUCAACAUUUUUCGCGCUCUACGUUUUAACGGCGCCCGGUCGUCGUCGCCGUUGCUGCCGUUGAACACCGUCAAGCGCAGCGGCGUCGCAUCAAGCAAAAACCUGAAAUAAGAAAAAGAUUUAAAACAAAUAAAUAAAUACGAGAAGACUGCACCGUUCUGCCUUAAGCGUCGCGCCGCCGCCAGCAGAAGCAACGGCAGAGGAAGUGUGAAGUGAAAGGGGAAAAGGAGAAAACGAGAGCAAAGGAAACGGAAAGAAAGCAAAGAAUAACAUUUAAAGCCAAGCAAUCAUCACAAUGGGCUCGUACAUCGAACUGUUGGGAUUGUUUGUGCUGCUGAUGCUGCCCUUCCUGUACGAGACGAAUCACAUAUUUCGCUAUUAUUUUAAAUUUCUCAUCUAUUAUGGGAUCGUAUCGUUCAACGCGAUCAUUUUAAUACCGGCUUUUCUCAUACGGCCCUGUGAUGUCCGCAAUUUACUGUGGGCGAGCACCUGGUGUCAUCGGGUGACAACAUUAAUUGGACUUCGCUGGGAGUUGCGGGGCAAGGAGCAUCUGGAGAAAGAUCAGGCCUGCAUCAUAGUGGCCAAUCAUCAGAGCUCGCUGGAUGUGCUGGGCAUGUUCAACAUAUGGCAUGUGAUGAACAAGUGCACGGUGGUUGCCAAGCGUGAACUAUUUUAUGCCUGGCCCUUUGGAUUGGCUGCUUGGUUGGCCGGCUUGAUAUUCAUUGAUCGUGUGCGUGGGGAGAAGGCACGAGAAACAUUGAAUGCUGUGAAUCGUCGGAUCAAGAAGCAACGCAUCAAGUUAUGGGUAUUUCCGGAGGGAACACGUCGCAAUACCGGCGAAUUGCAUCCAUUUAAAAAGGGCGCCUUUCAUAUGGCCAUCGACCAGCAGAUACCCAUUUUGCCGGUUGUCUUCAGCUCCUAUUGCUCAUUCCUCAACGAUAAGAAAAAGAUAUUGAAUGCGGGACGCAUUGUAAUUACCACAUUGCCGCCGAUCAGCACCGAGGGAUUAACCAAAGAUGAUAUCGAUACGUUAAUGGAACGUGUGCGCGCUCAGAUGACCGAAACAUUUAAGUUGACAUCCGCCGAGAUGUUGCAACGUUACAAGCCCCAUAAAACGCCUCCGAAACCGCCGGCGGUUGUUAACGGUGCCGCAGAUGCUGUGGCCGCUGUUGCUGCUGUGGCAAACAGUUCGGCGGGCUAUGCACAGUUGCAUGUCGGUGCCGCUGCCGCUGCCGCCUCGUAUGAGACAUACAAGAGCAGCGCAGCCAGCAAAGCGACCAUGCUCAAGACACUGUAGACAGACACGACUUACCUGGACACAGCCAGGACUAAAUAGCACCUUAACCUCUUAUGACAUGCACGUGUCGACUGUCGAGACUUAAUUCGUAGGCAACAGCAAAAAAACAAAAGCAAAACACAGCAAAAACAUACCAAAAACAAAAUGUAGACAAAGCUCUUAAAGCACACUAUGCAACAAGGUUUAUUUUAUUAGCUAUUCCGAUCCUUUCCUUCAAAUUGUUUGUCUUUUCUAAGCUAUCUUUACUAAUUUGUAACCAAUUGCAUUCUCUUGGUUGGAAAAGGGCUGAGGAAACUGCUUGUUCAACCUAUAAUCCCAUUUUAAAGCGUGAGAACUUUUUCAGUGAAUUAUGAAAGAAAAUUCUGAUUGUACUUCAACUUAACUUAACUUUAUCAUUAAAUCAACUAUAAAAGGAUUUGCAACGCCGGGUUACAUUAGCAAAUAUAUCUCUCAAAAUCCUCAUGGGAGUUACUUAUGAUCUCCUGAGUUUAAUACAAGUUUUUGACUUCCACUAGUUUGUUUUGAAUACAAUCUCUUCUAGUAUUAUCGAACUUAUCAAGAGAUAUGUAUGCAUAAGCAAGCUUUAUAUGAAUUUUUCCAUUUCAUAAAAGUAUUUAAAAUUGUUUCCUAAAUUAUGUACGUGUUCAUUUUGUUGCAUAGUGUUUAUCUUAUGCAUAAUAUAAUAAUAUACAGCACAUAAAGCUAUAACUAAAAUUACAUACGAACAAUAAUCUAUGUCUUAGCGAAAACAUUUCUAACGAAUUUUUUCAACACAACACACAAGAAAUGGCAAAAAAUAUCGUAUUUUUUUUACUUAGACAUACCAAAAACGUAAAAACGAAAAGAAAAACCAAAAAACUAUGAAAAAUUAAGUAAAGAAAAAUGUUAACUUGUAACCAAAGUUAUGUGAACAUACUCUAACAAUUGGUUAGAGGGGUCCAACAUACCCAGUUUUGAUAGCGUUCUCCGAAAUGCGCUCAAUAUUGUUUGUAUAUAGCCGACAAAAUAAAUGUGGCAUUAUCUUAGCCUCAAGAACAUUUUGAAGAGCGCUUUAUUAACUUGGCCUGCCGAUGUUAUAUUUUUUAUUUGUAUUAUUUUUUAAUAUAAACUUAAAUAUUACUUUUACAUAGCAUUAUUAUAAUAAUUUUUUUUGUGUUUAUUUUCUGGUAAUUUUAAAUGAAUUAAUGAAUUAUUGAGAUUAAAAUGACAUCUAUUUAUGUAUUGUAAUCCAGUAUAAGUAUAUCCUAAUAAUAAUGUUUUAAACUCAAUGUUGUAAAUACGACUCGAGACAGACGGAGAUGAAUAGACAACAAACUCACAUAGAGAGAGAUAGAGUGAGAAAAAGGCACGCUCAGUUGCGGUUUAUUUUAAAAACAAAUCUAAAAAAUAAAAUACUAAUAUUAAAUACACCUUUUUUUGCUAAUA